AUGGGAAAUCAGAAGGAUGGCUUGGGUAGGAUCUACAUCAACUUCUUUCGCAAGGAUCAGUACAGCCGAGCGGAGGUGGACUACUUCCUACUCCUCAUGAAGGAGAUGCUGAAAAAGCAGGAUGGCUUCGGUGCCCGGGAAGUUUCCCACGUGCUGUUGAAGCCUGAUCUGGCGACGGACAGAGCUUCGCUAGCGUCUUCGGCACGGCCGCGAGCAGCGGCUGACCCAGAAGCCAAGUGGCGUGUGCAGGCUGAGGAGUGGCGUCAGGAGUUGGGUGUGCCCGCUUCCUUCUCGUUGAUCCGAAAGCACAAGCUCGCCUUCCGUGGUGUCCAGAUGACGGAGCGCACCCGAGUGAUUCUUGAUCUCGUUCUCGCGAACAUUGCAAAGCAGCAUAGGCUAGUGAAAUGGCCACCUAGCAAGAAGUGGCUCAUGCGGCUAGUCAAAAGCACUGUUGUGGACGUCAGCCAGAACCCGUGCCGGCGCAAGUUCAGCACGGAGGAGCAUCUCCACACAAUGUGUACUUCUUCGAUUCUCGUCCAUUUGGGACUUCAGCGAGCGAUUCUUCCGUCUGAGAUGCUGUGGCUGCAGGGGCACAAUCCAAGCUCCACAGUCCUUCCAAGCACAAUCCCAUCCGGGAGUGUGCGAGCGCUCGCAGGGGAAGGAAUGGCAUUGCCUUGCAUCGGACUAGUCAUUUGGUGUCUGCACCAAGUGAAGCAGUUUCCUCGCCAGGACAGCGAAGCCUGA